ACUCGGCCCGGCGCGCGCUGCGGGCAGCGGCCGGAGCGGCCGGAGGAAUCCGGUUCGGUGGCAGCGGCGGCUCUGGGAGGCAGCGAGGAGGAUGCGGCACCGGCGAUCAGAGGCUGGGGCUGCGGCCGCCGCCCGCGAAUAGGAGGCGGCGCGCGGCGCGGGCGGUGCUCGGGGCGGGGAGCGGGGGGCGGCGCGGCGAGGAGGCGGCGGCGGCGGCAGGAGCCCGCGCCCGGCCCGGCGCCCGCCCGCCCGCCCCGUGCAGCUCCGCGGCGCUUGCUCUGCACCCGCCGCUCGGCGGAGCGGGAGCCUCGGGCCUCGGCGCGGCUGCGGCGAGCUGCCCUGCGCCCGGCCCGGCCCCCGCCUUAGGGAUGGCAAACUUGCGCCCCGCGGCCGCCUCCACCAGCGCCGGCCCCCGCUCCUGCUGCUGACGGCGCCCAGGGCAAGGGACAUAGGAUGACCCCAGCCUGUCCCCUCUUACUGUCUGUGAUUCUGUCCCUGCGCCUGGCCACGGCCUUCGACCCUGCCCCCAGUGCCUGCUCUGCCCUGGCCUCGGGCGUGCUCUACGGGGCCUUCUCGCUGCAGGACCUCUUUCCCACCAUCGCCUCGGGCUGCUCCUGGACCCUGGAGAACCCAGACCCCACCAAGUACUCCCUCUACCUGCGCUUCAACCGGCAGGAGCAGGUGUGCACACACUUUGCCCCGCGCCUGCUGCCCCUGGACCACUACCUGGUCAACUUUACCUGCCUGCGGCCUGGUCCGGAGGAAGCCACAGCCGGGGCAGAAUCGGAGGUGGGGCGGCCAGAGGAGGAGGAGGAGGCGGCAGCAUCGGGGCUGGAGUUGUGUGGUGGCUCAGGCCCCUUUACCUUUCUGCACUUCGACAAGAACUUUGUGCAGCUGUGCCUGUCGGCUGAGCCCUCCGAGGCCCCGCGUCUGCUAGCGCCUGCUGCCCUGGCCUUCCGCUUUGUGGAAGUUUUGCUUAUCAACAACAACAACUCCAGCCAGUUCACCUGCGGAGUGCUCUGCCGCUGGAGUGAGGAGUGUGGCCGGGCUGCAGGCCGGGCUUGUGGCUUUGCUCAGCCAGGGUGUAGUUGCCCUGGGGAGGCCGGGGCCAGCCCUGCCACCACCACACCUCCGGGGCCUCCGGCUGCCCACACCCUAUCCAAUGCCCUGGUGCCUGGGGGCCCAGCCCCUCCUGCUGAGGCCGACUUGCACUCGGGGAGCAGCAAUGACCUGUUCACCACCGAGAUGAGAUAUGGUGAGGAUCCGGAAGAGGAACCGAAGGUGAAAACCCAGUGGCCAAGGUCUGCAGAUGAGCCUGGGCUAUACAUGGCGCAGACAGGCGACCCAGCAGCUGAGGAGUGGUCCCCGUGGAGCGUGUGUUCCCUGACGUGUGGGCAGGGUCUGCAAGUGCGGACCCGCUCCUGCGUGUCCUCCCCCUAUGGGACCCUGUGCAGCGGGCCCCUCCGGGAGACCCGGCUUUGCAACAAUUCAGCCACCUGCCCAGUGCACGGCGUGUGGGAGGAGUGGGGGUCCUGGAGCCUGUGCUCCCGCAGCUGCGGGCGGGGGUCCCGGAGCCGGAUGCGGACCUGCGUGCCCCCCCAGCACGGCGGCAAGGCCUGCGAGGGUCCCGAGCUGCAGACUAAACUCUGCAGUAUGGCCGCCUGCCCGGUGGAAGGCCAGUGGCUAGAAUGGGGUCCCUGGGGCCCAUGCUCGUCAUCUUGUGCUAAUGGGACCCAGCAGCGCAGCCGGAAAUGCAGUGUGGCGGGUCCAGCCUGGGCCACGUGUGCAGGUGCCCUCACUGAUACCCGUGAGUGCAGCAAUCUCGAUUGUCCGGCCGCUGAUGGCAAGUGGGGGCCGUGGAACGCAUGGAGCCUGUGCUCCAAGACAUGUGACACGGGCUGGCAACGCCGCUUCCGCAUGUGCCAGGCUUCCGGUACUCAGGGCUACCCUUGCGAAGGCACAGGAGAGGAAGUGAAGCCCUGCAGUGAGAAGAGGUGUCCAGCCUUCCAUGAGAUGUGCAGGGAUGAAUACGUGAUGCUGAUGACGUGGAAGAGGGCAGCAGCUGGCGAGAUCAUUUACAACAAAUGUCCCCCUAAUGCCUCGGGUUCUGCUAGCCGCCGCUGUCUCCUCAGUGCCCAGGGCGUGGCAUACUGGGGACUGCCCAGCUUUGCUCGUUGCAUAUCUCAUGAAUAUCGCUACCUGUACCUAUCACUUCGGGAACACCUGGCUAAGGGCCAGCGCAUGCUGGCAGGUGAGGGCAUGUCACAGGUGGUGCGGAGCCUGCAGGAGCUACUGGCACGGCGCACUUAUUACAGCGGGGACCUGCUCUUCUCUGUGGACAUCCUAAGGAACGUCACUGACACCUUCAAGAGGGCCACCUAUGUCCCUUCUGCUGAUGACGUGCAGCGUUUCUUCCAGGUGGUGAGCUUCAUGGUGGAUUCAGAAAACAAAGAUAAGUGGGAUGACGCUCAGCAGGUGUCGCCCGGCUCUGUGCACCUGCUGCGUGUUGUGGAAGAUUUCAUUCACCUCGUGGGCGAUGCUCUCAAGGCCUUCCAGAGCUCUCUCAUCGUCACGGACAAUCUGGUGAUCAGCAUUCAGAGAGAGCCUAUCUCAGCGGUGUCCAGUGACAUCACAUUUCCCAUGCGGGGCCGCAGGGGCAUGAAGGACUGGGUGCGACACUCAGAGGAUCGCCUCUUCCUACCCAAGGAGGUGCUCAGCCUGUCCUCCCCAGGGAAGCCAGCCACACCUGGGGCAGCUACCGCAGGCAGCCCGGGCAGGGGGAGGGGCCCAGGAACGGUACCUCCUGGCCCAGGCCACGCCCACCAGCGUCUUCUCCCAGCUGACCCCGAAGAGUCCUCCUCCUACUUCGUGAUCGGUGCUGUGCUCUACCGCACCCUUGGCCUCAUCCUGCCACCCCCCAGGCCUCCACUUGCGGUCACCUCCCGGGUGAUGACAGUGACCGUGCGUCCCCCCACCCAGCCUCCAGCUGAGCCCCUCAUUACGGUGGAGCUCUCGUUCAUCAUGAAUGGCACCACCGAUCCGCACUGUGCCAGCUGGGACUACUCGAGAGCAGAUGCCAGCUCAGGGGACUGGAACACCGAGAGCUGCCAGACCUUGGAGACCCAGGCAGCUCACACCCGCUGCCAGUGCCAGCACCUGUCCACCUUUGCCGUCCUGGCCCAGCCACCCAAGGACCUGACCCUGGAGCUGGCAGGUGCUCCCUCUGUCCCCCUGGUGAUCGGCUGUGCGGUGUCCUGCAUGGCUCUGCUCACACUGCUUGCCAUCUAUGCAGCCUUCUGGAGGUUUAUAAAAUCAGAACGCUCCAUCAUCUUGCUGAACUUCUGCCUGUCCAUCCUGGCUUCCAACAUUCUGAUCCUCGUGGGCCAGUCCCGGGUGCUGAGCAAGGGCGUAUGCACCAUGACGGCUGCCUUCCUACACUUCUUCUUUCUGUCCUCCUUUUGCUGGGUGCUUACAGAGGCCUGGCAAUCCUAUCUGGCUGUCAUCGGGCGGAUGCGCACCCGCCUGGUUCGCAAACGCUUCCUCUGCCUGGGCUGGGGUCUACCUGCCCUGGUGGUGGCUGUGUCUGUUGGCUUUACUCGCACCAAAGGAUAUGGUACAUCCAGCUACUGCUGGCUGUCCCUAGAGGGAGGCCUGCUCUACGCCUUUGUGGGUCCAGCGGCAGUCAUUGUCCUGGUGAACAUGCUUAUUGGAAUCAUCGUCUUCAACAAGCUCAUGGCCCGAGAUGGCGUCUCAGACAAAUCUAAGAAGCAAAGGGCCGGGUCGGAGCGGUGCCCCUGGGCCAGCCUGCUCCUCCCCUGCUCAGCGUGUGGAGCGGUCCCCAGCCCCCUGCUCAGCUCAGCCUCGGCCAGGAAUGCCAUGGCUUCACUCUGGAGUUCCUGUGUGGUACUGCCUCUCCUGGCGCUAACCUGGAUGUCUGCUGUCCUGGCUAUGACAGAUCGCCGCUCCGUCCUAUUCCAGGCGCUCUUUGCCGUUUUCAACUCUGCGCAAGGCUUUGUCAUCACCGCUGUGCACUGCUUCUUACGCCGAGAGGUACAGGACGUGGUAAAAUGUCAGAUGGGUGUGUGCCGCGCUGACGAGAGCGAGGACUCCCCAGACUCAUGCAAGAAUGGGCAGCUGCAGAUCCUGUCAGACUUUGAAAAGGACGUGGAUCUGGCUUGUCAGACAGUUCUGUUCAAGGAGGUCAACACUUGCAACCCGUCCACCAUCACCGGCACUCUGUCCCGUCUGUCUCUGGAUGAGGAUGAGGAACCCAAGUCCUGUCUCGUGGGUCCUGAGGGUGGCCUCAGCUUCUCACCACUACCUGGGAACAUCCUAGUACCCAUGGCAGCAUCACCAGGUCUAGGGGAGCCACCACCACCCCAGGAGACCAACCCUGUGUACAUGUGUGGGGAGGGUGGCCUGCGGCAGUUGGACCUUACAUGGCUACGGCCAAGUGAACCAGGCUCUGAGGGGGACUACAUGGUGCUGCCCCGGCGGACUUUGAGCCUGCAGCCUGGCGGUGGGGGUACAGGGAGUGAGGAGGCCCCGAGGGCCCGGCCUGAGGGGACCCCCCGGCGGGCUGCCAAGACGGUGGCCCACACUGAAGGCUACCCCAGCUUCCUGUCUGUGGAGCACUCUGGUCUAGGGCUGGGCCCUGCCUAUGGGUCUCUCCAGAACCCAUAUGGGAUGACCUUCCAACCACCACCACCGACACCCAGCGCCCGCCAAGUACCAGAGCCAGGAGAACGUAGCCGGACCAUGCCCCGUACAGUGCCUGGUUCCACCAUGAAGCUGGGCUCCCUUGAGCGGAAGAAGCUUCGGUAUUCAGACUUGGACUUUGAGAAGGUGAUGCACACCCGGAAACGGCACUCGGAACUCUACCACGAGCUCAACCAGAAGUUCCACACUUUCGACCGCUACCGUAGCCAGUCUUCAGCCAAGGAGAAACCCAGCCCCCCCGGGGGACGCCCUGGCUUGUCCCAGCAUAGGAGGCAUCAAAGCUGGAGCACCUUCAAAUCUAUGACACUGGGCUCACUGCCCCCCAAGCCCCGAGAACGGCUGGCCCUGCACCGGACAGCAGCCUGGGAGCCCACAGAACCACCAGACGGCGACUUCCAGACAGAGGUGUGAGUGCCACGCCGGACUGCCCACUGCACAGAAAUAUAUAUCUAUUUUCACACUCCACUUUGGAACUACCAGGAGCCAGCGCCCCUCCCCCUCCCGAGGCUGGGCAGGAGGUGCAGAGGACUCAGCCUGGCUGGGGGCAGCCAGACUGGCAGGGCCUGGGGGCCAGGGCCCCUCCUUGUUCUCAGAGGCCCCUUAGGCACCCACUGGAGCCUCAUCUUGCCCCAGCCUGUCUGUCCCUGUCCUGGGCUGGGGAGGAGGGAGGGAAACUUUGUUGGGAAUAAACUUCACUCUGUGGA